UCUCCCCAGUUCUGGAGAAUUCUUUCGAACCCCCACCCCCAAUCCCAAAACUAUCCUAUAAUAAUAGUAAUCAAUCAAUCCAUCUUUCUGGUUUUCAGAGAUUCAGGAUUGGAAUCACCCCUCAAAAUUACCACCCCCCCUUCUCUCUCUCUAAAAAAAACAAGGAAAAGGAAAACAUGGGUGUCCGAGACCCGUGCUCACAGCUGAGGCUGCCGCCGGGCUUCCGGUUCUACCCGACGGACGAGGAGCUAAUGGUGCAGUACCUCUGCCGGAAAGUCGCCGGACACCAUUUCCCUCUUCAGAUAAUCGGCGAUAUUGAUCUCUACAAGUACGAUCCUUGGGAACUUCCAGGUACAUACAUAUACAUACAGACAGACAUUUGCAACCACUUCUUCUUCUUCUUCAUGUUUCUCUCUUCUUCUUCUUACAUCCUAUGUAUGUAUGUAUAUGUAGGGAAGGCGUUAUUUGGGGAAAAGGAAUGGUACUUUUUCAGCCCACGAGACAGAAAGUAUCCAAACGGGUCGAGGCCGAAUAGAGUGGCGGGGUCAGGGUAUUGGAAAGCCACGGGGACAGAUAAGAUUAUUACAAGCGAUGGUAGAAAAGUGGGCAUCAAGAAAGCCCUCGUCUUCUACAUUGGCAAAGCCCCCAAAGGGACCAAAACCAAUUGGAUUAUGCACGAGUACAGGCUCUUCGAUCCCCCAAGAAAGUAUGGGGGCACCAGGUUGGAUGAUUGGGUGCUGUGCCGAAUCUACAAGAAAAACUCGACCGGGCAGAAGCCGGUCGGGCCGUCAGGGUCUCAAACCGGGGAGUACAGCCACGGUUCGCCGCCGUCGUCGCCGUCGUCCCAAUACGACGACGUAUUGGACUCGCUGCCCGAAAUGGAUCUGCCCAGGAUGAAUAACGGCAGUCCUCCCAAGAAGCUGAAUCUUCAGCAAUUGGGCUCAGGGGAUUUUGAUUGGGCCACUCUUGCGGGCCUUAGCCCGAUCGUCUCCGAGCCCGCCCACCCCUAUUUAAGCUCACGAAAUGACGGUUAUACCCCUGCACCUCCCCGAACCGACGAGGUUCAGAGCAGGAUUGGGAACCCGGGAGGGAACAACCCGGGACUGUUUGGAUUCGGGUUCGGGGCAGGUGACCCGUUUGGGGUGAGGUACCCGGAUCAAACGGGCGGGUUGGGGUUUGGUGCUAAUGAGAAUGAGUUGAAGGAUUGUUCAAUUUGAGGGGGCGAUUUGUAAAUAUGGUGAUUCUUUGGGGCUAAAAACACAUUUUUGGGGUGGAUAGAUUCAGAUUGGCCAUGCAUGUUGCACCAUUUUGUAGUAAAUUAGUUUGAUUGUCAUUACAACAUUAGCACCGCAGAGAGGUGCGACUUGUGAACAAAUUUAUGUAGCAAUUGCGAAUUUUUAUUAUAUAAAUAAUAAAGUAGGGUGUAACUCUUACUAGA